AUGGCAAACGAUAUUACAAUUUUGAAGCCACUUGGCUAUCAGAGAAGGAGUCAAUGUGGGUAUUGCAAGACAUCAGCCGGCAGCUCUAUGUUCUAUGUCUCGAGUGACAACAUGCGCGUGGACCACUAUCAAGAACUGAUGGACAGAGGUUGGCGAAGAUCUGGCACAUUGUAUUACAAGCCGGACCUGUUAAGGGCAUGUUGUCCUCAUUAUACCAUUAGGCUUAAAGCCGCCGAAUUCAAGCCACGUAAUGAGCAGAAGAAGCCGAUCAACAAGUUCAAUGCCUACAUUCUAGGCCCAGAAUAUAAGCGAAAUGCGGCAAUGUUAUGUCCACAGAGCAGGGAGGAGAAGCGUCGACUCAGGGGAGUUUUUGACUUGACCUCUGCAGUUCACAAAGCUGAAUACGACAAUAUCAAGCGACCUGUUGGUAAGAAAUCAUCGAAGCCAAUUGAGCCAGCACACAUAUUCCAAGUCAACCUUGAGAGUGAUUCCUUCACCGAGGAAAAGUACUCAAUUUUUUGCCAAUACCAAUUCAAAGUCCACAAAGAUCCGGCCUCGCGGUGGCAAACUGCCGACUUUAAACGAUUUUUGUGCUCAGGUCUGAACCAGAGAACGUUGAAGAUUGCAGGCAAAACUCUCAAGCUCGGUUCUUACCAUCAAUGCUAUCGUCUUGACGGAAAGCUCGUAGCUGUUGGUGUCCUCGAUCUACUUCCUCAUGCCGUAAGCUCGGUGUAUCUCUUCUAUGAUCCUGACUAUUCUCACUUGAACUUUGGCAAGCUUAGCGCCCUUCGAGAAAUUGAUCUUGCACUCCGUGGAGGCUAUGAAUAUUACUACAUGGGUUAUUACAUACACUCGUGUAUCAAAAUGCGGUACAAGGCGACAUACCGUCCCAGCUUCCUUCUCGAUCCCGAAACACACGAAUGGAACCUCUUCGAUGAUGAUUAUCAGCAGAAACUCGACCAAAACAACUACUUCUCUCCUUCGAGGUAUCGAAGUCAGGGAGCGGACGUGGCGCUACUCGGUCAGGCACAACCAACACAGCUGUCUCUUCCUACGCAAAAUGCCCCAGAAACUACAAAAGAGAGAGCCAAGAACUUUGGCGAUGAUGACGAGCUGGAAUUGGACGAGGCAGGCAGUGAUGAAGAGGAUGCCGAAAUUCCAGAAGGAUCCUUAUUCGAUUACAAUAUCCCAGGGGUUCUGACCAAAGAACAAGUACAAGAUUUAGACCUUGACCAUUGGAAGCUUGUCGUCAGAGAUAUGUUGAUUGAUCUGGAGGAUCUACGAGGCUGGGAGGAGUCCAAGCUCGACGAUUCUGGAUCUAUCAAAGGAAUUGCCGCUGAAGUCAUUGCAGCAACCGGCCCAAAACUCCUCGAACAUUCUGCUCUGAGCCUGUUCUGA